CGGGCCUGGGGCCGGGGCCCCUCUCCUCCCCGCUCCCGGUCCCGCCGCAUGUGACUGCCGCGGGCGCGCCCCGUCCCGUCUGGAGACGCUGCCCCGCAGCCGCCUCCGCCCCGGGGGCGACAGCCUGACCCUUCGCCCGCUCUCCCGGAGCGGCGUGCCCAGCACCCUGCCCUCGCCCGGCGGCGAGGCGGGGGAAGCCCGGCGCGAAGCCCGGGAGGCUGCCCCUUCACCCCCUCCCCGUCCUCCUCCUCCCCCUGCCCCGCCAUGUCCAGCGAGGAGAGCUACCUGGCCAUCCUGCGCUACCUGACCAACGAGCGGGAGCCCUACGCGCCGGGGACGGAGGGUAACGCCAAGCGGAAGAUCCGCAAAGCCGCCGCCUGCUACGUGGUGCGCGGCGGCACCCUCUACUACCAGCGGCGGCAGCGGGACCAGCAGCGCUUCGCCGAGCUCGAGGUGGUGCUGCAGGCCGAGCGCCGCGCCCGCCUCAUCCGCGCCGCGCACCUGGGGCCCGACGGCGCCCACCGCACCCGGCUGCAGACCUGGCAGGGGCUGUCCCAGAAGUACUGGUGGCGAGGUAUUCUUAAGCAGGUUAAAGAUUACAUUAAAGAAUGCAGCAAGUGCCAGGAAAAGCUAGAUCGCUCUAGAUCUCUGUCAGAUCCUUCUGAAAUGCUGGAGGAACUAGGACUGGAUGCAAAAUCUCAUGAAGAUAGUAAUGAAACAGAUGAUGAAUUGAGUAAUACGGCAUCAAUCCCAGCUGCAUCCCCAAAGCCUGUGAAGAAGAAGCCAAUAGCGAAGCAUGAGCUUGUGUUUGUUGACAGUAAGGGCCUUGUGAAGCAGUCAUCUUCCAAACAUUGUCUGUCAGUCUUAAACCAACUGAAUCAGCAGAGGCUUUCCAAUCAGUUCUGUGAUGUGACUCUGCUGAUUGAAGGAGAGGAGUACAAAGCUCACAAAUCUGUCUUGGCAGCCAACAGCGAAUACUUCCGAGAGCUCUUCAUUGAAAAGGGAGCUGUCUCUAGUCAUGAAGCUGUAGUGGAUCUGUCAGGGUUCUGCAAGUCCAGUUUCCUGCCUCUAUUGGAAUUUGCUUAUACUUCAGAGUUAACUUUUGACUUCUGUAGUAUGGCAGAAGUGGCCAUGCUUGCUCGGCAUCUCUUCAUGUCAGAGGUCAUCGAAAUCUGUGAAAAUGUGCACAAACAGAUGGAAGACAAACAAAUUACGGUGUACCAAAAGGGAGAUAUUCAAACAGUCGAGUCAACACAGAAUUUAGCACAGCAGGCUGAAGUCGCGACGCAGCCUGUGGAUGGUGCUGAGCAACCUGAGCUCGCAGCUGGUGAAGUGCCAGUAGCUGUGAAUGGAGCCCCUUCCUCUGCUGGGAUAGAGGAGGCAGCAGCACCCCAGCCUGACCUCCUGCCCCCAGAGCCUGUAGAAGCCACUCCGGGUGACCUUUCAAAGCCUGUGGAGCAGGGUGAAACAACUGAAAAUUGCGUCAAGAUGCAGCUAGUGGAGAGCAUUUCAAAUAACACCGUGUCUGUUGUGGAGGCUGAGCCAUUGGCUGCGGAAGCCUUGGACACACAAAGUCACACAGAAGUUGGGACAGAUCAAAAUGACAGUGGUAAAGCAAAUGUGGACACUGCUUCUGAAGACUCCUCAGAAACACUCCAGCAAAAACGUGGCAGGCAAAGUAAAGAACAGAGCGUUUCAGUUUCACAACCAGAAAGCCUAGCUUCCAGCCAAGAUGACACUUACAAGAGCAAGCUUCGCCAGCGUUCUGUUAGUGAAGGGGGAUAUAUCAGAUUGCAUAAAGGAAUUGAAAAAAAACUGCAAAAUAGAAAGACAAAUCCUAAAUCUGCAAUACAGCAGGUUGCCAUGAAGCUGGUACAAAGAGGGAAAAAAAUGAAACAGCCCAAAAGAGAGACCACGGAAAAUAACGAAGUAGAAGCUCAGCACAAAUGCACUGAGUGUGGAAUGGUGUUCCAGCGGCGCUAUGCGCUUAUAAUGCACACACUGAAACAUGAAAGAUCAAAAGAUUAUAAGUGCCCAUUGUGUAAAAAAGAAUUCCAGUACGGCGCCUCCCUGCGAGCCCAUCUUGUGCGGCACACGCGGAAGACCGAAGUGAACGCUGCAGCUGCUGGUGGAGAAGAGACAGGCGUGUCUUCGGUGAAAGGGAGAACCAAACGGGAAUUUAUAUGUGAUAUAUGUGGAAGAACUCUACCUAAGCUCUAUUCUCUCAGAAUACACAUGCUCAAACAUACAGGUGUAAAACCACAUGCGUGCAAGGUUUGUGGAAAGACCUUUACAUAUAAGCAUGGAUUAAAGAUGCACUUAGCUCUCCAUGAAGUACAGAAACAGUUCAAGUGUGACUUGUGUGAGAAGUCUUUUGUCACAAAAAGAAGUCUUCAGGAGCACAUGAGCAUUCACACAGGAGAAUCCAAGUAUCUCUGCUCCAUCUGUGGAAAAUCUUUCCACAGGGCAUCAGGACUCAGUAAACACAUAAAGAAACACCAGCCAAAGCCUGAAGUUCGUGGAUAUCAGUGUACUCAGUGUGAAAAGAGUUUCUAUGAAGCUCGAGAUCUUCGGCAGCAUAUGAAUAAGCAUUUAGGUGUGAAGCCAUUUCAGUGCCAGUUCUGUGGAAAAUGUUACAGUUGGAAGAAAGACUGGUAUUCUCAUGUGAAGUCUCACUCUGUCACAGACCCUUAUAGGUGUAAUAUAUGUGGUAAAGAAUUUUAUGAGAAAGCUUUGUACAGAAGACAUGUGAAGAAAGCCACACAUGGUAAAAAAGGAAGAGCAAAACAAAAUCUUGAACGAGUUUGUGAGCAUUGCGGAAGAAAAUUCACACAGCUCCGGGAAUACAGGAGACACAUGAACAAUCAUGAAGGUGUGAAGCCAUUUGAAUGUCUAACUUGCGGAGUAGCCUGGGCUGAUGCGCGUUCCUUGAAGCGUCACGUGAGGACACAUACUGGAGAACGACCCUACGUCUGCCCGGUGUGCAACGAAGCUUACAUAGAUGCCCGGACGCUGCGGAAGCACAUGACCAAGUUUCACAGAGACUACGUACCCUGCAAAAUCAUGCUGGAAAAAGAUACUCUUCAGUUUCAUAACCAGGGGACGCAGGUGGAGCACGCCAUCAGCAUUUUGGCAGCAGACGUGCAGGAACAAGAAACGGAGAUCAGCGUUGGUGGUGGUGAGAUUGAGACCGUGGUGGUGACAGGAGAGACGAUCGAAGCCAUCGAAGCAGUUGCAGCUACUGAGGAAUGUACGUCAGUCUCUACUCUUUCUGACCAAAGCAUCAUGCAGGUGGUAAACUACGUAUUGGCGCAACAGCAAGGACAGAAAAUGGCUGAAGUGACACAGGCCAUUGAAACUGUAGAAGUAGAGGUGGCCCAUGUAGCAAAGACAGACUGAAUAGAGUAGAUAAGCAAGAAGGUCUUUCCAUCUCUGGGAGCUAAGCAUUUAACUGGGCCUCUGAGGCUUACAGUGAUGCCUGUUUUCAAACAGUUAAUCCCCAGAACUGAAUGUCUUGGUGAUGACAUACUGCACCAUGCGUUACAGGGAAAAAGUUAAAAUACUUCAGUGUGGGCCAAGGCUUUGAAGACUAAGAUUUCUGCACUGGUGAUAACUCAAAAAAAAAAUAAUGGAAUAAUAAUGUUUUCUGUGUCAUGGAGUAAGUAUCAUGCUGUAACUUUUAAAAAAACAAAAAGGAAAACGAAAUAGAGGCUGCACUAAAAACUGAAAAUGCACAGCUGUGGGUAGCAUUUUUUUGACUUUUUAUGUAAAUUUGGUCAAGUGUAUGAGCAAAUUACCUAUAUUGGAUUCUGUCUGUUUACUCCUCAAAACAAGGAGAUGGUAGAAUGCUUCCUGCAGCAUGCACUUCAUGGGACAUACAGAAAAUCUGAGGCUUUCUUCUUUGGGUAGAUACACCAUCAGCAAUUAGUGAAUCCCAUUCCAGGCUGGUGAGUUCAGCAAAACACUGUAAAAUUUUUUAUGGAUAAUGGGCAGGGGUCCACUGAAGUCUGAGGAAGUGGUUCUCCGAGAUGGGUUGAUGUACUUUAAGGGACAACAGGAUUUUGAAUUUAAGUUGUCCAGAGGACAGCCCACUGCAGGGAGACUGCUUACAGAAGCAAACUGCUUUUUAUUUGUAAGCGAGGAGCUUUCGCUUCAGCCUCUAUGCACGACCACCUUUCCUUUAACGAUGCUUGGCUGCGUAAAGGAAGCUAUCGCCUGCGUCGUUGCACGUAUCCAAAGCAGGCAACCUAAUGAUGGAUGUUUCUAAUUUUGCAGUACAUUUGAUGUAGAAACUCUUAAAUGAAAAAAGUCUAACGGGACGCUUCUUCUCCUGUAUAUUUAUAUUCCCAAAGAAGCCCAGCUAGUUACAAUGUGGUCUUGUAUCAUGUUGAAAGGAGGAGCCUUGCUAAUUCCCAAAUGGGACACAUUGCAAUAUCAGGAUAAAGAACUAUGAAAAUAUUAGUAUGAAGUAAAAAUGAUUUUUUUUUUUUUUUCUCAAAAUACCAGAGUCUUCAGAAGACCUUAUUACUGCUGCUGUAAGAAAAUACUUCUAGGGCAAGCUAAUUUCUGGUGUUACACCACAUAGAUGGAAAUCUGAUUAAGUUUUACUGCGAGUAAGCAUGAAUCACAGCCAUGCUUGGCCCAAGCUUUAAUCCCUCUGAUUUAAUAUCAUGAACAGUGCACAUCAUAAUCUGCACAAGAUGUGGGUUCUUUCGUUGUUGUUUGGGAUGUUUUUGUAAGUGAGAAAAAUGUCCAUUGAGGUAACUGCAUGUGCUAUGCACAUGAACAAUCAGAACUGUGUUCUUUAAACUGUUGUCAGUCGAUAAUAUUAUCAAAUGUUUCCCAACUUUGCAGCAGCAAGAUAGCCAAGGAGCCCGAAGCCUAUAAUAUCGCAGAGUACUCUUCAUAAGUAAAGCUACAUGCAUAUAACUCAGUGAAAGGGAUCCACUGAACAAAAUUUAAGCAAAAUCUGUGACAAAGUAACCAUCUCAUUUGAAUUAGUAUUUUUACCUUUCCUCUUAUUUAACUAUUUGGGUAUCUGUCUACUAAGCUACAGAAUGGACUAUUCUUUUUAUACUUUGUAAGCAUGUAGAUAAGCAGUUGUUGAAAAUCUUUUAAGCAAUACGUAUUUUGAGUUCCUGCCUGGGCUCUGAAUUAAUCUGCAGAUGACUAUUGCAAAGGUCAGGGUCAUCCUGCAGAGAAGUAACGUAGUUAGUUGUACAUCCUGGAGCCCUUUACAACUGUAUUCUUUUCUAAUUAUGAAAAGGAGUAAAACUAAAAUGAAUACUUUAAAAAAAUAAAAUACUGCUAGCUGUAACUCUUGAAUUUUUUAUACGAUCAAGAAUCUGGAGAUAGCCAUCCUACUUAAAAUACUGGCAUUAUGAUGGAAAAAGAUUUAAAAGAGCGCUAGGUAAACAUUAAAAAUUACUUCAAUGUUUGUAUCUUACAAAUAAUUAUGUAUUACUAAAGUGAGGAAAUGUUCAAGGAAAGAUAGCUGUAAAUAGUGCUAGAAUAUUAUUUGUAUAUUUAGUGUGUUACCUUACAAAAAGCAUAUUACCAGCACCUCAGUCUAAUCUUUGGUGCAUUUAUUUAUUUUCCCAACCUAUGGAAGACAGAGAAGUGAAUCUGAAUUUUGGAGCCUUGUUACCCACUGUAAAAAUGCUUUAACUGACUUGUUGGCCUGCCGUUUAAAAGCAGAAAUCAAACAGAAGAUCAGAAGAGGUUGUUUCCUAAAGGAGACUCCGCCAGGAACAUCAGAGGGGAAUGUUGUGGGUCCCUUCCCUAACGUGCUGUGCCUUAGCUUUUCAGAAGGGCAUGAGGUCAGUAGGGAGUGUCGCUCUCAGCUUCGCUGUUCCUGCACUGGUGAAGUUGCCUUAUGUUUUUCUUUAGAUUUCAGCUCUUAAUUUAAGAUGUUCCCUACUUUACUGCAAUCUAUUUGAAGUCAGACUGCAAAUAAGCAAAUGAUAUUAUUUAAUUUGAUUAUUUUUUUUUUUAAAUAGAGUUCACGAGAAGUGUCCAUUUAUAAAGUAUUCCUAGUGAAUUCCUGUAAAUAAUUAAUUUGAUCUGUACAUUCUGCUGUUUUUAUUUAGUGUUAGAUGUAUAAAGUUACGGUUAUUUCUGUCACUAAAUAAACCGAGCUUUGCCAUGAA